AGACUUGGCGCACCCGGAAGCGGCGCCGCCGUUGAGGCACGUGUGGCCGCUCCGGUGCCGCCAUGGGCCGCCUGCGCCGCCGGCACAACUGGAAGGCGCGGGCCCCGGCGGGACCCUCCGCGCCGCCGCCGGAGCUGCCGCCGGAGCUGCCGCCGCUGGAGCUGGGAGAUGAAGCAACGCUGAAGGGAAUCGAUGGAAGCAAUGCCCUGGUCCUGCCAGCCAAAAGAGCAAAGAAGAAAAAAGUAGCCUGUGUGGCACAAAAGCAAAAGAAACCCCUGAGCAAGAAACAGAAGAAAAUCUUGCAGAAGGUUUUGGAGCAGAAGGAGAAGAAAAAACAGCGAGCGGAGUUGCUGAGCAAGCUGAACGAGGUCCAGGCUUCCGAGGCAGAAAUGAAACUUCUGCUUACUACUUCCAAACUGGGUACUGGGGAGCGCAUGUACCAGACCAAAAGGAUCAUACAGGAGCCAGUAAUCGCGGUACCUGAGAAGAUCAGGAGCAUCAGUGGUGCAAAUAAGAGAAGGCACAGCUCGGAUUCGGAAUCAGAGCCUGAGGAAGAACCUAGUAUCUCUGAGGAGGAGAAGGAAGAGCAGAAACAAGAAAUUGAAAAGUCUUCAGCCAGCGAUUUGAAUGCUGCUGAGAAACCAGACGAGGGUGUGAAGGAAGCAGUGGCGCAGCAGGCGCCGUCGGGCGCUGGUGCCCCAGUUUGCCAGGCAGCCUCCAACAAAGCACCGUGCAGGCCUGCAGUUUUCGUUCCAGUGGACAGGUCUCCUGCGAUUCAGGAAGCAAGACUAAAGCUUCCGAUCCUUGCCGAAGAGCAAGUCAUCAUGGAAGCCAUUAGUGAGAAUCCCAUUGUCAUCAUAUGUGGAGAGACAGGAAGCGGGAAAACCACUCAAGUGCCUCAGUUUCUUUAUGAAGCUGGUUAUACCAGUUCUGGUGCUAUUGGGAUCACGGAGCCUCGGCGUGUGGCUGCAGUGUCCAUGUCCCAGCGAGUCGCUAAGGAAAUGAACUUGUCACACAGAGUGGUUUCAUAUCAAAUCCGAUACGAAGGCAAUGUUACAGAUGAAACACAAAUCAAGUUCAUGACGGAUGGUGUGCUGCUAAAAGAAAUCCAGAAGGACUUUCUGCUUUCCAAGUACAAAGUCAUCAUUAUUGACGAAGCCCAUGAAAGGAGUAUGUACACGGAUAUUUUGAUAGGCCUCUUGUCACGCAUCGUGCCUCUUCGUGAAAAGAAGGGGCUGCCGCUGAAGCUGAUCGUCAUGUCCGCUACCCUCCGCGUUGAAGAUUUCACCGAUAACAGCAGACUGUUCUCUGUUCCCCCUCCCAUUAUUCAGGUAGAUGCAAGGCAAUUCCCUGUGACUGUUCACUUUAACAAGAAAACUCCCCUGGAUGACUAUAGUGGGGAGUGCUUCAGGAAGGUGUGUAAGAUCCAUCGAAUGUUGCCCUCAGGUGGGAUUUUGGUGUUCUUGACAGGCCAAGCCGAAGUUCAUUCUCUCUGUAGGAGACUAAGGAAAGCCUUUCCAUUCAAGAAAACUGGUACCGCAGGAGGAGAUGAUGACAAAGAAGAAUCAGUGGAAGAAAUCAGAAAAUUUAAGAAAUCGAGGAAGCAGAAGAAAGUUAUGACACUCCCCAAAAUUGAUCUGGACAAUUACUCUGUUGUACCGGUGGAUGAAGGAGAUGAAGACAGAGAUGCUGAAACUGAUGAGGAUAUUGCAGGAUCUGACAGUGACCUUGAUUUAGGAGAUGGAGACUCGGAAGAAGAUGAGAAAUCUGAUUCGUCCCUUCCACUCUAUGUGCUCCCACUCUAUUCUUUGCUAUCGCCAGAGAAACAAGCAAAGGUAUUCAGGGCUCCUCCUCCUGGCACGAGACUGUGUGUUGUAGCCACCAACGUGGCUGAAACAUCACUUACCAUCCCAGGUAUCAAAUAUGUUGUUGACUGUGGAAAGGUGAAGAAGCGUUUCUACGACAAAAUCACUGGGGUUUCGUCUUUCCGAGUCACCUGGAUAUCUCAGGCUUCAGCCAACCAGCGGGCAGGAAGGGCUGGCCGCACAGAGCCAGGGCACUGCUACAGGCUUUACUCUUCAGCAGUCUUCAUGGACUUUGAGAAAUUUUCUGCUCCAGAAAUAACAAGGCGACCGGUGGAAGACUUGAUUCUGCAAAUGAAGGCAUUAAAUAUAGAAAAGGUAAUCAACUUCCCCUUCCCAACACCACCUCCGACUGAAGCACUGGCAGCAGCUGAGGAGUUGUUGAUAGCCCUUGGUGCUUUGAAGGAGCCCCCUAUGACAGGAAGGCUGAAGCAGCAGCUGGCAGCGAAGCUGAGUUGCCCCAUCAGUCCCCUGGGCAGAGUAAUGGCCACUUUUCCUGUCGCCCCCCGCUACGCAAAGAUGUUGGCGUUAAGCAGGCAGCAGGACUGUCUGCCCUACACCAUCACCAUCGUGUCUGCCAUGACCGUCCGAGAGCUUUUUGAAGAGUUUGACAGACCAGCAGUAAGUGAAGAAGAGACAGCGAAACUGAAGGGGAAGAAAGCAAGGCUCUUACAGAUGCAAAAGAUCUGGGCUGGGCAGGGGCCGAUGCAAAAGCUUGGAGACCUCAUGGUGAUGUUAGGAGCAGUGGGGGCCUGUGAAUAUGCUGGGUGUACCCGUAAAUUCUGUGAAGAAAAUGGGCUCCGAUACAAAGCUGUGCUGGAAAUCAGGCGCUUGAGGGGGCAGCUGACAACAGCAGUGAACUCUGUUUGCACUGAUGCUGGUCUCUAUGUUGAUCCAAAGAUGAAGCCCCCAACAGAAGCUCAAGCAACUUACUUGAGGCAGAUUGUGCUGGCAGGGCUGGGGGAUCACGUUGCCCGAAGGGUUCAGGCAGAAGAGCUUCUGGAUGAGAAAUGGAAAAAUGCCUACAAGACUGCUCUUCUGGACGACCCAGUGUUCAUCCAUCCGAGCUCAGUCCUCUUCAAACAACUCCCAGAGUUUGUGGUGUAUCAAGAAAUUGUUGAGACUACAAAAAUGUAUAUGAAAGGUGUGUCUGCAGUUGAACCCGAGUGGAUUCCUGCCUUGUUGCCACCAUACUGCCACUUUGGGAAGCCUCUGGAAAAUCCUCCUCCGUCGUACUGCCCUGAAACAGGCCGAAUCCGAUGUCACAGACCAAGUGUCUUUUAUCGAGUCAGCUGGCAGCUCCCGGCUGUGGAAGUUGAUUACCCAGAGGGUAUUGAUUGCUACAAAUACUUUGCCAGGUUCCUGCUUGAAGGAAAGGUCAUCGAAAAGUUGAGUGCUUACAGCUGCUGUCUGCUGUCCAGUCCCCUCAUAAUGCUGAAGACGUGGUCCAAGCUUCAGCCCAGGACAGAAGCCCUCCUGCAAGCUCUAGUGGCAGAAAAUUGUGAUAAUCGCGAUGCUUUACUGGCUGCAUGGAAGAAAAAUCCUAAAUAUUUGCUCACAGCCUAUUGUCAGUGGAUCCCUGAAGCUCUGCAUGAUGAUGUAGCCAAGAAGUGGCCACCAGUAGCACUGUGAAGGGCCUGACUCUCUUCUUGAUGGACUCCUUUUCUCAGAGGUGUUGUGAGAGCCUGGCUUUCCUUGGAAAUCUGAUGACAACGAUGAAUGUGCUAACUGUUAGUGAUACCUUUUUGUAAGUGAAAUGGGUGUUCUUCUAGUUUUCUGGGAAGCCUUCUGUGUUCCCAGAAGCCUUAUCAGCUGUUUCACUGGUAUUUUGUAAUAUUAAUGUUUGGAUAAUUUUAUCCAUUAUAUGAGGUCCAACACAAAAACCCCCAAGACUGCCUCUAAGUCUUUCUAUUUAACAAAUGAAGAAAAUUAAUUACAGUCACCUUUGAAAUAGUUCCCUCCCGAGCUGAGACACAGCUGUGUACGAUGCUGCCAAAGUUCAAAGCAAUUCUGCAGAUUAUUUUCAUAGACUCGUAGAAUGGUUUGGGUUGGAAGAUCUUCCUGAAAGAUCUUCCAAUUCAAUCCCCCUGCUCUGGGUUUCCCAUUGGAUCAGGGGCUCCAAACCCCAUCCAACCUGGCCUUGAACACCUCCAAGGAUGGGGCAGCCACCACUGCUCUGGGCAACCUGUGCUUAAUCACAGGAAAACAUUUCUUCCUAAGAUCUCAUCACACUCUCCCUUCUUUCAGCUUAAAACUGUUCUCCCUUAUCCUGUCUCUCCACUUCCUGAUAAAAAGCCCUUCCCCAGCUUUACUGGAGCCCCUUUCAGUACUGGAAGCAGCUCUAAGGUCUCCCUGGAGCCUUCUCCAGGCUAAGCAAGCCCGACUCUCAGCCUGUCCUUGUACAGGAGCUGCUCCAGCCAUUGGAUCAUCUCCAUGGCCUCCUCUGGCCUCGUUUUGACGGACCCAUGUUCUUCCUGUGCUGAGGACUCCAGAACUGAACGCAGACCCCCAGGCAGGGGAGAGUGGAGCAGAGGGGCAGAAUCUCCUCUCUCACGCUGCUGGUCACAGUUCUGAUGCAGCCCAGGACACGGUUGGCUCUGUGGGCUGCGAGCGCACAUUGCUGGCUCAUCUUCAGCCGGCAAUGCAUGUUCUAUAACCUCCUCUCCACUCUUGGUUCCAGAGCUAUAGGUUAGUCUGGAGUUGUUUGUGUUGGACCCUGUAUCUUACAGAUCGGUAUUUUAUCUGAAGUUUCUCUUUGGACUAUAUUAGUCGUAUGGACUAUAAUAAAU